CUCCGAGUUGAGAAUGCGCUUGACCUUAUCGGAGCGCCUUGUGUCGGGGGUUGCGUUUGUCGUCAAAGCUCUGAUAAUUUCAAUUUCCACCAUGCUUUCUGCGAGUGCUACCACAGCAAGGAGGCUCCAGCGAGCUUUUUCGAAAGUUUUGUUUCAGUCGUCUGGUGAGGUUUUGAAGCAGUCACAAAACGCUCGUUCGUUUUCAGUCUCCGAUGCACGGAUGGAUCCACAGAAACUGCGAGAUGAGUGGGGGAAACCUUCCUUCGAAGUCACGAAAAUGACACGCUUACUAGAUCAUGACAACCAUGAGAAAAAAGAGAAAUUCCGCAAAAUUUUGUCAGAAGACCCCCUAAUGACUCCAAAAUACAACAUCACUGUGGACGAAGAAAGGGAGCUGGCGCUUAAACGGUUAAAGAAACUUUGUGAUCAAGGUUUUAUUUCUGUGUUGGAUUUCAAGAACAAUCCCUUGUGGAUCUUUUCUGCCCACGAAUUGGUAGCAGUUGUUGAUGCGUCCAUGGCCACCAAGAUGACCGUUCAGUUCAACCUAUUUGGUGGUACUGUUUUUAAAUUGGGAACGGAGAGGCAUCACGAAAAACUUUUAAAGGUACGGAGUUGCAUAAGUUAAAUUUAAGUCUGUUCAUCUUCUUCCUAUAAUCAUUUAGCGACGUAAGCAAUCACGGUGGCAACAUCAAGGAUAACCAUUAAUCUUAAAUGAGAAAAAGUCGCAUUUAAAAGCCGUUUAAGACGUUGUUUCACUUGUCUUGUUUGACUGAAUAAUGACCAGUGUUCAGUUUGUGUAGUAACUUCUUUCAAGUUCACAGACAAAAUUUUUAGCACAAUCUUGAAUAUCACCACUGCACGUUGUUAUGAUUGUAAAACGUUUGUGCCUGUAAAGUAUGGUACGCCUUUCCACUCAGUGAUUGCACAAGGACUCCUAAGAAGACCACGUCACACAGACAAGCUGCUGCCUUUAACGGGUUCAAGAAAACUUGUGAAAAAUGGAAAUUAAUUGACUUUUGUGCUGUUGUUCCUAAAAUAAACAAAACAUUUUCCGUUUGAAAUUUUAGUCUCUGCAACUUUAACUGAAAUGAAAGUAAAGGUGAUGAUGACCACCAAAGGUACAUUAUGCAAAGAAGCAAGGUAUUUCAAUUUUUAGAAAAAUCGAACUACACGUGCAUACUAAAAGUGUACAAUGCGGAAAUUAAUAUCAGUGAACUACUUGGAAAAAAGGUGCAUGCAAGUUAAGUUCUAUUCAACAACUCAGUUUUCUUACAAUGUAGUAAAUGGGGAGGAGGGUUUCUUCCUGAAAGUCGGUAGACUGGAAUCAAAAGUGUUAACAUUGGAUACCUAGGUGCUUAGACCUACUGAUCGUAAAUGUUGACACACAAUCGUUUCUAAGUAUUCCAAAGAAAAGUUUUCAGUUGCUCAGUCAAGUGUUGAUCAAAUAAAAAACAUUUUUGUCUUGGAAAGGAACAAAAAGGACCAAAGAACUCAUAAACUCAUGAGAACUGAUCAAAAGCUUCCCAGGUCAUAACUAAUAUUUCCAUUGUGUGGUCCAUGUGGUUUAUUUAACAUCGUAUUUUUUACGCAGGGGCACACCAAGCCCUAGCAUUUCAAAUCUCAUGGAUAACAAUUUUUGAAUUCCGUGCCGGGAGAUCAUUGGAAACCAUUGGUAACAAUUUUUUGGUUCGGUGAAAAUGCAUGGGAACCCACUUUUAUUUCUUUUAUGUACAGUUCUAACAUGUUGUUAAACUUAGUUUUAAAUUAAAGAACAUAAAUGUGUGCUAUUAUUUACAAAAAACUUCAAUGUCUGUUAAUACAGCUGUAGGUCAGAAGAAGGUCAAUUUAAGUGUUAAAUGUGUAUGCACUAAGUGUCGAAAACUCCAGACUCCUCUUCCAUCCAGCUAAAGAAGUACAUUCACUUGAAAUGUUCGUUACAGAUCUAUUGUCUUUUCAUAAAGGGAUUUGGGCCUCAUCAACAGUUUCAACAGUGAAAUUAUGGAACUUAAGAUCCACGACGAAGUUCAUGACGACAACGUCUGUUGACUGGGAAAAGACUGUAACGAGAACAUCAGUUUCAGCAGGAAAAGGGAAACUUAAGAUGCAGUUGGUCGGUAGGCCGACGACGACUGAAUGUAAACACAAAUGUAAAACGGUGAAGUUCAUUCGCAACAAAGUGUUUCGCAAUGGCGUCUUUUAAAACAAUGCAAGAUCUUAUUUUUUUUGCCGUAUGUCUAAUUUCUUUGACAAUGAAGAAUUUUUUGUGUUGUCUGACCUUUUCAAGUGGAAAAACACCUGCUUUCCCUACAAAGAUUAUUCACCUUUCAACCUGAAUAAGAUGACUGCUUCCAAAGGUCUGUCAGCAUUUAGAUUUGGGAAAAGGGACCCUCUGAUGUGAUAGCUGUUUUCCAUAUAAAGUUUAUUUCCUCUGUAUUAAUGAUAAAUGAUUUGCCUUACCAGAUUGCAGGUCGAUGUGAUUCUACGUUGUUUGGCAUGUGUAUUUUGAUCCCCCAGUAUAAAUAUAUCAGGAUAUGUCACUGGGAAACUAUUUUUCAGUUCUUUUAUUUUAAGAUCAUGGUAAAGAGAUGGUACCAGAAAAGAUCGUUACCAUGAAAUCCAAGGGCUUGGAAAGAUGCAGAAAGUAAAAUUAAUAUUUGAUUUAAUGUGAUUUGGAUAUGCGGUGAAAAGAUUUGUACGGCAGUGAAACAGCUUUGCAGCAAAAUAACUGCAACACAGCAAUACAGUAGUGGUGCAAAUCCACAAAGAAGGUAAAAGAGCCACUACACAACAUUUAGAGAGAUGAAAUGUGACGCAUAAUGUUUUUAUUUAAUAAAUGAAGAAUUGUACAUUCCCCUUGUUCAAAACUUGGAACAAGAGAUUCAUUAUAGAUUUAGUUGGCUUCUUUAUUAUGUGCUUAAAUUACCGUAUUUAUUCGACUAUAAGCUGAGCGAUUUUUACACAAAUUAAAACUGAAGUGAAUUAAAAUUUGGGCUCUAGAGGGGGUCUCAGCUUAUAGCCGAAAGUUUUUGAAAAAAAUUUUUUCUGGUGCAUUGAAACUCUACUAAAUCGAAGUGUAUUUACUUAUAAGCCGAGAUAAAGUAAAGAAACACAAUAUGCAAUUAUUGGUUAUUAACUUUUAAGAAUGUGGUGGCUCCUAAAGGAGCCGUUUGUUAAAUUUAAUGUGUUUUCACAGAUGUCUUUGUUGUCAUCAGCGUUCAUCAUCAUCUUCGCUGUCCUUGUCGAAUUCUUCUUCCAUCUCCUCAUCAUCUGCAUCAAUUUCAGGACAGUCAUAGAUGGCAUCGUCUUCUGUUCCGUCAAGUGCAUUGGAGAUGCCACAAGUUUUGAAGGAUCGCCUCACCAUCUCCUUGGGAAUAUCGCUCCAAGCUUGCUUUAUCCAGCGAAGGACCAGAUUUAGGGAAGGAGCUUUCUUCUUGCCUGCUGGAGUAAACUUUCACUGAUGGUGGAACAACAAGGUCUCUGGGAAUGCGAACACCCUUGAAGGUCACUGAAAGCGGUAGUUUCUUCCCAUCAGCGGCAAUUGCUAGUGUGACAGUGAAGCUUCGUUUCUCAGCACCACAGGAUUUUACGGGAACUGUUCUGUUGCCACUGAAUUCUGAGACCAGGGUGUCCAGUUGCUAUUUUUUCCUAUUUUUCGAGCAUAUUCCUAUUUUCUCCUAUUUUUAAACAAAAACCUCCUAUUUUUCCUCUUUUUUAGGUAGUGAAGCCAAAAUUGAAAAUGGGAUUAUAGUUGUAUUGUGUUUUAAAGUGAGCUUUAUCACAAACCAAGUAGUAUGUUGAGUUUGGUGUUCUAAUAUUAGCAAAAAUAAUAUUAGUUACAUUACAUUUGCUCUUUCAAUAACCACUAUUGCCCAUUAGAGUUCUGGUUCUGGUUAUAAUUAUUGUUACUUUUUGUAUGAUUUUCCAGUGCACCUACAUGUACAUGUAUUGUAUAAGAUGUUAUAGUUCUCAUGAUUAUUGAAUAAUAUCGUACAUAGCCCACUGAAACUACAUUUCAGUCUCUGAACACUUCAUGAUGUAAUUAUUUUGAAGUUUUGCUCCCUUUUACGUUCAGCUCUGAAACUGAAAAGAUGAUCAAGUUGCCCUUUAACAACACAGAUCAGAUAAAUCAUCCAAUCAGCUUUUUGUUUAAGAACCAAUCACCAGCUGGAUUCUGUAUGCUACACGAAAAGAACAGACUCAAGUUUAGUUUACGGCACUAGCUCUCUUGGUGAGCUCUUGUUCUCAGCUAUUCCUAAGCAACUGGCAAAGGAUCCAAUAUUUUGGUUCCGAAACUGUUCUUGCAAUCAUAGCUAAGCAGAGUGUUACGUUCCUCUUAGAACUUAACCAUAAUACACUUACAAUCUGGUACCAAACAGAUCAGUGUCAUUUUGCAUGCACCGCGGAAAGCUUGGUUUGGUACUUAAAACGAUGCAGUCUUUUAACUCAAUCAAUCAUAUUCUCAACCAGCUGCCGAUUGUAGAUUAAUGGAAGGAAAGCUUUCCAUGGGACUUUUUAGUUCAAUAUCCUUUAAUGACAAUGCAAUCGUAAGAAAUUUCUAUCCUAAGAAAUUUCACUCCUUGAAGCUUUUCAAAGAUUUGCCACCAACUUGAAGGGAAUUGUCAUAUGAUCACCUUUGAACAACCACGCUGGACCUGUAGUCAAGAAUGUCAUUCUGAUUACAGCAUAACUGAGCCAAAAAACUAAACGUUACUGUUCUUUUUCACUCCUUCUAAGCCGCGAAAGUUGGUUUAAAUCCUGCAAACGUAAAGGCUAAGGACUCGUGGCCUUUAUUAUAGCCCUGAUGGGGAGCAGGGAGGCCAUCUAUGUCGACGAAAGUACUAUUGAUUUUCCUAUUUUUCUCCUAUUUUUUAAUACAAAAUUUCAACCAUGCCGCUGGACACCCUGUGAGACUGUUUGCUGCUCCAAAUCUUCUGGGAGAUGCUGAGCGAGUGUUGUUUUGGUGCGAAGGCUGACGGAAUGGCGGCGCUUCCAUUUCUGGUACCAGCCGAGGGAUGCUUUAAACUCAGGAUCCUUGCUGAAUUCCUUUGCCUUUAGACGUAGCAUCAAUCCACUAACAGCUAUUCCUGUGAAAAAUGAAGUGAGAAGGUUACUAAAUGAUUGAAAGGAUAAAAAUUUGACAUGUCUUGAAUUUGUUUUGACAUUGUGAAAACUGGUCAAUGAGAAUCUUUCAUACACAAUGUUGUCACAUGAUACUAUGAUAGUUUUGAGAGUCACACAUUCAACUCAUAUUCACCCUGCAAUCAGCUGAUUGAUUUAUUUCGUGAUCUUGUUUCUGUUGUUUUAAAAUACAAAAUCAAUGCUCAACAAAAAACUUACCUUGGCUUCUCUGCUCUGUAAACCAUUUCCCGUAGUUAACAAUUCAGUCUUGUAAUAAUGAAUGGAUCUCAGCUUAUAGCCAGGUGUUUUCGAUUUAUUUUUGGUUCUCGUUAUGCCGAGUCUACACGUUCAAAGUUUGGGGUCUCGGCUUAUAGUCAAAUAAAUACGGUAUAGCAUAGCAAAUGAAAUCUGACAGGAAGCUUUGAUUUUCACAGUGCUUUGAUAACUGUACUUGCUGUUCCUAUUUUUUGUAGGGUAUUGACUCACUUGAAGACGUUGGAUGUUUUGGUUUGACGGAGCUUGGUUAUGGCAAUAAUGCAGUCCAAAUGGAAACAACAGCCACAUAUGACAAGGAAACUAAGGAAUUUAUUGUUAACACUCCAAACCCAUUGGCACAGAAAUACUGGAUCACAAAUGGUGCUUGCCAUGCUCACCACAUUAUUGUGUUCUCCCAGCUCUACAUAGAUGGGGUUAAUCAAGGUAGCUUUCUACAAAACUUGUUCCUCUCUUCAGCUUCUUUCGUUCCUGCCCUUCUUCCCCAUAUCCCAUAAUUUCCCCUUUAUUUGUCUGCAUAAGGUUUGAUUUGAUUACUGUACUUUCACUUAUGGCAGCUACAGCCUCUGUGAUUUUGAAAAAAAUUAGGCUGGUCCUAAACCUAUCCUGUCAAAGUUAUUAAACUUUAUGGAAAGUUGAAGCUAAAAUUCUGAGAAAAAAUUGCUUAUAACAAUUCAGGAUAUAAACCAAAAUUACAACCAUCCGGAAGCCUAAUAAGGGUUUUUCUUUUAAAACACUUUAUCCUGUUGCUGUGCUCACAUUAAGAGGCUGAGCAUACACCUUCAUACCAUACCAUACCAUAUUUGAGAUUGGAGUACAUAUUAUUGUAUUUUGAAUUAAUGAUGUUUCAGGUAUUCAUGGUGUUCUUGUUCCAAUUCGAGACAAGAACCUGCAGGUGAUGCCUGGAGUUCAAAUUCAUGACAUGGGACACAAAAUGGGCUUGAAUGGUGUUGACAAUGCCAAGUUUACCUUUUCCAAUGUUCGUGUUCCAAGAGAAAACCUUUUAAACUUGUAUUCUGAUGUUGCUGAAGAUGGAACCUACUCAACAAGUGUUCAAGGCAGCAUUAGAAAGCGUUUUCUCACUGUUGCUGAUCAACUCCUCUCUGGUCGCAUCUGCAUUGCAAGUAUGUCACAAGGUACGUUGAAAUUUUAUUGAAGAACAGCGAAUUACAGUGUUGGUUUUCUUGAUUAUUCUUAUCAUUGAUAUUUUAAUUAUUUUUCUUUUUUUCCCCUUUCUCUCUCUUUUCUUUUUUUGUGGUAGUGUAUUGUUCUUUAUACUUGUAUUUUGAUGUUGUUAUUGCAAUUACCAAAAAAAACUCUUAUCAUUGAUAAUAUAGAAUACAUAUCAGUAUUUGAAAGUGUGAAAUCAAUGUAUUUGAAAAGCUACAUAUAGCACUGUAUGGAAUGUACAAAAAAUCAAGCAAGUUACUGUUCUGUGAUGAUGUGAACAUAAUAAUUUUUUUCUAUACUUGAAUGUCAAAACUCCUGCAUUUGGGAAAGUUCAUUUUUCAUUAAAUUAAACAAUUCUAGAGAGGUCAGAAAGUUCACUAUUUAAGGAAUUAUCAUCUUGUUGUUUUAAAGAGAAAUUUAAGAAGGUACAGAGUGAAAUAAGGAAGUUUGCACAGUUUUGUCUAGUAUGCAAAUUGAACGACAGGCUCACAACAGCCUCCUCAAAGCCAAAUUAUAGAGAUCUGUAUGAGAAUUUAUUGUAAGUUCGAUAAAACAGUUAAAUUGUACAUACCUCAUAAAGAGAUAUCUCUGUGUUGUUUUCUGUCUUUUUUCUGCCAUACAAACAUCAUUUUAGCAAGUUUUGCAGUUCUGGUUACUCACCUACUAAAAAGAAGGCAAGGAAAAACUCCACUGUCCUACACUUCCCAAAAUAAAGGUCCAAAAAUCACCUUUGGUUGACUCCAGUCACUCCAAGUAUUCAACAAACAUUCUUCUUCCUAGAGAAACAUCAAAUUCAGUUCCAAACAUUGAGCUGUGGCCUCAAAAAGACAAGAAAAUAGUAUAACAAGAAAGUUUGAACUAGGCUCUUCAUUGCUGUUUGUUUUUGGACCUUUUGUCACAUCUAUAAGCUUUCUUUUACUUUUUCACAUUUGCAUUUUCCUCAUGUAUAUUUUAUUUUCAAUUUUACCACACUGAUUUCAGCCUUUGAAGGUAAUAGUUACAGGCUGCUGAAAACUUGGUUUUUGCAUUUUUUCCUUUUCAGUCUUUACUUUUUUCUUAUUAGUUAGUGUAACAUGAAAGUAUUCAAGUAAAUGAUUAAUUUGCUAGUGUUUUGAGUAAGAAGGCUGACUCAUUUUCACAUUUGUUUCACUGAGCGUAAAAUUUUACUAUCUUUCAUUCUUUCACCACACAUCAACAUUGCAGUAUGCAUGACAUUUGUCAAAUAUGAACCUAGUAUAUGGCCUUGCUGUCCAUGAGGUCUCUGUAGCUCAAAGUGGAUGGAGUGCCUGUCCAGUAUUUGGGAGGUCAUAGGUUCAAAUCCUAUCGGGGACUCAGAUUUUUUAUUUGUCCCACGCUUGUGACAUGGUGAUUAAUUCAUUUUCACAUUUGUCUCAGCGAGCUUAAAAUUUACCAUCUUUCAUUCUUUCAAAAAGGCUGACUGAUGAUAAUUUCACUGUUAUGCCACUAAAGAACAGGAUCAGGAAGUUCUUUACCAGCAUCAUUUCUGCUUAGUUAUGUUAAUGUUUUAGCUUAUGCUUUAUCUUGUUUGUGUUGAUUCUAAGGGAAUAAAAAGUUUAUUAUAAUAAUUAUUAAUCAACACACUUUUUUUACAGGUGCAGCUAAAGCUUGUCUUGCUAUUGCUAUCCGUUACUCAGCGACUCGUCUGACUGUAGGACCGGAUGGGAAAUCUGACACUCCUAUUCUAAAUUACCAGCUCCAGCAGCAAGCUCUUAUGCCUCUAUUAGCAGCUACAUAUGCCACUGACUUUGCUCUACAAUAUGUCAAAGAUCGUUGGGCAUUUCAGGUGUGAUGCCAUGUAGCUUUCAUUAACAAUUAUUGACCAUCAUUGAAUUAGGCAGUUUAGAUCAAACAGCUGAAGAGUUAAGCUCACUUCAGUGCAUUGCAUAUGUAUUAAUUGUAACAUUAUCAAUCUCAUGUCCUCUUUGCAGUUAUUAUUAUUAUUCUUUUAUUUUCCAUCUUUAGUGAUUGCUUUAAAACAACUGAGGCAUUAACAAUACUUAACUAUCCUCUCUCCUUAUGAAUCUUUUCAAGCAUAAUGAAAUAAAUAAUUGAAAUGGAACAUAACAAGGAUAAGAACCUCAGUUGGCUGAGAGCAUGCCCAAGGAUUUGAGCUCAGGACCACAUACUGAGAACAAAUCCAAAUAGUGGUCAGGGCGGAGCCUCAAGAUUACAAGUCCAGUGCUCCAACCAAGCUUGGCCAUGCUCCCUCCACUGCUGGGAGUUUUUCGUGUGUAAAUCUCUUAGGUCUGACAGAAGUAGCAAGAAACACCAGAAAGGUGUCAUUUCUGCCUAUUUGAUGCUCAAAAGCAUGUUUUUCAGCUGAUUCUUAACAGUGUUAGUAACAGACGUCCAAUUUUGUUACAGGAAAAAGAUGGGUCUGAGCAUGCUGAUGUGGUGACAAUGUGUUGUGUGAUCAAAGCCAUUUCUGGUUGGCAUGUAGCAGAGACAGCUGCUGUUUGUCGCGAGAGAUGCGGUGGACAAGGCUACCUAUCUUGUAAUAAAUUUGGCAGUGGCAUUGCUGGUUCACACUCAUCAAUGACAGCAGAAGGUGACAACUCAGUCUUAAUGCAGAAGGUUGCAACAGAAAGGUUAAUGGUUCUCAAGCCAACUAUGUUUCAAGUUGCAGCAACCUAUGUACCAAGUUUUGUAAACCGGAUGUUCAGUUGGGCAGACCUUAGCAACCAAAAGUAUCUUCAUAGCCUGCUGGAGUCACGUGAAAAAGAGCUUUUUAUGGCUCUCGGGAUGAAAAUGAUGAGGGCAGGGAAAAAAGGAAGGUUUGAUACUUGGAUGUAUAAAGAACAAGACCUUGUCCAGGCAGCUGCGCAGGCUUAUGGAGAGAGACUUAUCAGUGAAUGCUUUGGAAAAACCCUUGAUAGAGCUGAUCCUGAACUGCAGCCAGUCCUUAAAAAGCUUCAUCAUCUGUAUCAGAUAAAUGUGAUCAAAAAGGAUCUGGGUUACUUUACUACCUCAGGUUUGAUGUCCACUGGAACUGGUGCUAAAGUUGGAAAGGCAGCUGCUGAUUUGUGUAGGGAAGUUGCACCGCAGGCUCUUGCACUCUGUGAUGCCUUUGGUAUCAGCGAUGAAAUGCUUAAUGCUCCAAUUGCGAGGGAUUGGAUAAAGUAUAAUUCUGUUGAUAACAAAGGCGAAGUUGAAGGUGUAGAGUUUUAAGUUCAUAAGUUGAAAGGUUUUUAAAUAACUUUGCAAAUAAAUAUAUCAUCCCCGGGUAACAUGAUUGAACAAUGGUAUUUUUCAGGUGGAAUGAAAAGAUUUGACAUUAAGUGAUCGAUUGACAUUAUGGGACAUAUAAAGUUCAAAAAGAAAGUACAUGUCACAGUCAGAUUUAGUAACGUGUCAAGUUUCUUUUUAAGGUGUCCUUUCUUUCAAUCACAAACCACGUACUUUGUAAAACAUUCGUUUCACCAUUUGUACAUGGCGUAUACCUGAAUCCGAAAGAACACGUUACGUCGUUUCUUACUUUUGUUUUUUUAUUUAUUACAAUUAAUGGUUUACAUUAAUAAAGAAGAAGAAAUAAAUGUACAAAAGCCAAGGAAUGAAAUGCAAUAGAGUCCUCGACUCCUUGUUAAACCUUAUCUCCACUAAUAAUAAACUAUUCUUAAAAAACGAC